ACAUAUUCAAUCUUUUCAUUAAAAGGUCAGUCCUGAGGGCAAAAGCACUCUGUUGAUUCAACAGUCUGAAAACGCCAAUAAGAAAUAAUUGUGCCUUCAUGUAAUUGAUUUGUUUCUAAGAGUUUAUUUCACUGUGGCAGCUGUCUGGUUCACACUGACAGGAUUUUGUCCACGUGAGACUUUGUUUGUCAAUGUUCUGGGUCGAGUCAUUAGAGGACGACCCUAUCAGACAUUUCAAAGUGUUUGUACAGGAAGGGCAUUUGGAUUAUGUACCAUAUAAAGCCGGGCCAGUAACAUAACUCAGCGGUAACUCGGCGGGAACGGACAGAAUGCAGCACUUGCAUGGUAAGAGAGAGUUUAUACUGUAGUGUGCAGUGUCUUUCUGUUAAGGUCAGAUGUAGAACAAAAGCAAGGAUGAAGACAUCAACAGUGACGUAAGAGAAGCUUCCACACAUCAAGACAAUGUUUCUUUAAAGGAUUUACAGUGGAUAUUAGAAUUGAAGUCCAGUUUGUGGAACUCUACCUCCAGAUCUGAGCGGAUGAAAGCUUUUUCUUCAUUCGAACUAAACCUGCGUCGACCCAGGCCAUCCAAUAACUCAACAGCAGCCUGCAACAUCGAGCUUGUUACUCCAAGGGUGAAGGAGCGCACACAGAACGUGACAGAGAAGGUCACGCAGGUCCUGUCUCUAGGUGCAGAUGUUUUGCCCGAGUACAAGCUCCAGGCUCCAGACAUCCACAAGUGGAUCAUGCUGCACUACAGUCCUUUCAAGGCCAUGUGGGACUGGAUCAUUCUUCUGCUAGUGCUCUACACAGCAGUCUUCACUCCGUACUCUGCUGCUUUCCUCCUCAAUGAGCUGGAGCAGGAGAAGAGAAAAAUCUGUGGUUACACUUGUAACCCUUUAAAUGUAGUUGACGUGAUAGUGGACGUUCUGUUCAUCAUAGACAUCGUUAUUACCUUCAGGACGACAUACGUGAAUCAUAACGAUGAGGUGGUGACCCAUCCCAAGCUCAUCGCCAUCCACUAUAUCAAAGGCUGGUUUCUCAUCGACAUGGUGGCCGCGAUUCCAUUUGAUCUGCUCAUCUUCAGGUCUGGAUCAGAUGAGACAACGGCCACUCUCAUUGGCCUACUGAAGACAGCUCGUCUGCUGCGCUUGGUCCGGGUAGCCAGAAAAUUAGAUAGAUACUCAGAGUAUGGAGCUGCAGUCCUCUUCUUGCUCAUGUGCACCUUUGUGCUGAUUGCUCAUUGGUUGGCGUGUAUCUGGUAUGCCAUUGGUCAUGUGGAGAGGCCUUACAUGAAGACAGGCUGGCUGGAUAACCUGGCCGACCAACUGGGGAAGCAUUACAAUGACAGUGAUGCCAGCUCGGGACCCUCCAUUCAGGAUAAAUACGUCACUGCACUAUAUUUCACCUUUAGUAGUCUGACCAGCGUGGGCUUUGGGAACAUCUCUCCAAACACCAACUCGGAGAAGAUUUUUUCAAUCUGUGUCAUGCUCAUUGGCUCUCUUAUGUAUGCCAGCAUAUUCGGGAAUGUCUCUGCAAUAAUUCAGAGGCUUUAUUUGGGAACAACACGCUAUCACACCCAGAUGCUGCGGGUUAAAGAGUUUAUCCGCUUCCAUCAGAUACCUGGAGAACUGAGGCAGAGACUGGAGGAAUAUUUCCAACACGCCUGGUCCUACACCAGUGGCAUCGAUAUGAAUGCAGUCCUGAAAGGUUUUCCUGAGUGUUUGCAAGCUGAUAUUUGCUUGCAUCUGAAUCGUAGUCUGCUGCAGAACUGUAAGGUAUUCCGGGGGGUGAGUAAAGCAUGUCUGAGAGCUCUUGCCAUGCGCUUCAAAACCACUCACUCGCCACCUGGUGACACCCUCUAUCACCACGGCGACGUGAUCAAAGCCCUCCACUUCAUCUCCCGUGGUUCCAUUCAAGUGUCUCAACAUAACAUUGUGCUGGCUAUCUUGGGGAAGAAUGAUGUCUUUGGGGAGCCUAUAAAUCUUUAUACAGAUCCUGGUCACAGUAACGCUGAUGUUACUGCACUCACCUACUGUGACCUUCACCGUAUCCAAAGAGAUGACCUUCUAGAGGUGCUGGACAUGUACCCUGCAUUUGGCGAGAGCUUUCGGAGGAACCUAGAAAUCACCUUUAACCUACAAGACGCUGAACAGAUGAUGACCAGUGAAAAUCUGGACUGUGGAUACAAUAUGAAUGGCAUACGACACCACCAAAACUCAAUAGACAGACGCAACAGGCCAGAUGGAAUGGACCAGAAUGACUCGUACCCAUCUCGGAUGUGUUCGGCCCUGGGUCACCAUCAUUCUCCAACCGCUCACAUGCACUGGGAGGAGCUGUGGAGCUGUGGAAGCUCUACACUGCAGUCCAGUGAAAACCUCAGCAAAUCUCCCAUCAGCCCCUGUGAGCUGUACACCUCAGAUGCAGAUCAUCUGGACUACCCCUCUUCUGUUGUGAGACUAAUACCACUGCGAGGUGCUUCUGGGGUCAGGAGAGAGCCUGGCAUGCAUAUGGGGCAUUUGGCUCCUCCUCCAUCUGGAUUGUACCAUUACUGGCCUGACCACCAGGCAGCUCAUUUCACUGAACAGACUCGGCGCCCCCUAUCUGUCCGGACCUCAUUCCCACCACCGCUAUUUGAGCAUCAACCCAGUGAACUUGAGUCCAGACUGGAGCUACUGCAGACCCAACUCAAUAGACUGGAGACCAGAAUGACAGCAGACAUCAGUGUGAUCCUUCAGCUUCUCCAGCGACAGAUUGCUCCAGUGGCCCCAGCAUAUAGCACUGUAUUACCUGAGAACCACCCUCCUGACCCUGCUGUACUGUAUGGAAGAGGCAGCCCAGUACUUCACAGCAUGUACCUGAUCCCAAACAUUCAGCUGGACAGUAGAAAUGCCACUAUUCAGAGUUCAGCCCAGCCAGAUUCCAUAUUCAAGUCAAAUUCCCAGGGUUCUCUGUCCAGUGGUGUUCACAUGGGAGCUGCGUCAGACGAUUGUGUACCCGAUAAACUGGAAACGAAUGCUGUUUCAGCCCCAGCCCUUCAGCCCAUUUUGAUAGAUGCACCACGCCUCUGUUCGUCCCUCCACUUUCCCACAUUGCCUGGCAACCUGGACACUUCGUCACACCUGGAAGAAAUUCCCAAACACAUGUCUGACCCUGCCUUACCGGUCAGCUAAAAUCAUAACACACCAUCAAUCGGAUUAUCGUAACAUAACAAUGAGAACACAUCCAGACACAGUCACAGUCAACCCAGCUUUAUUCUGUUGUGGAUGUUACGAAGACCAUGCAAAUUGACCAUCUUGGUUAACCAUGUGUUGCUGCCCAUCAGUUAGGACAACCUUAAACCAGCAAAAACACUCAAGCUUCUCAGCAAUCAAAGACAGAUAACAAACAUUUAAAUACAAACACUACAAGACAAAAUCCUACAAAAGCCACAACAUAAGCAUCUCAAACCUCAAGAUGAAUGUCAGUGACCAUUGAUGGCAUGUUGUACAUGCAGUGAGACUCAGGAAACAGUCACAGUACAGUAAUGUUUUGAAAUGAUACAGUAAACCUAACCAAAUAAUGCCUCUUUAUGUCUGGAGUAUUCUGUGUAUUCGCUGUAAUUAAAACAAUGUUUAAUACCUUUUUUGUAGUCAAGAAUUUUCUCUUUACAGAAAGUGUUUAAAAAAGUCCAAAAGAGAAUAAUUAGCAGGAAUACAAAUAUACUUUUAGAAUAGCGGUUAAGAUAUUUAAGUAUUUUCACUAUGUUGCUUUAAAUGACUGAAAACGCUUCAAAUUAAAAGAGAAAUAAGACUAUUUAGGGUGCUGUUCUUUAAAGAUCCACCAGAUUUA